CUCGUCAUCGGGAUAGAUUAAAAAUGUCUAUUAGGAAUACCUGUCUCAUGCACCCGUGUUUAUAUUGACAUAGAAUAUUUCAAACUAUUUUUGCCUCACCUAGUUUGGACUCCUUUAAGCAGGCUGUCUCAGAAUAAAACUAUUAGAUACGAUACAAAUCAGGAAGUUUUAAAUCAAGCUGUGUUUUACAAAUUCUCUUUAAACAUUGUGCAAUUAACUGGAUAUGGAAAAUUUUCCAGAUGUUGUUGAGCUGAACGUUGGUGGAAAGAUGAUGACAACAUUGCUGAGCACUCUAACAAAGGACCCUGACAGCAUGCUGGCCGCCAUGUUUAGUGGACGUCACGUGAUAAGCAAGGACAAAGAUGGCCGCUUCUUCAUCGAUUGCGAUGGGCACCUGUUUAUACACAUUUUGAAUUAUCUACGAUUUGGUAGUUUACCGCCAACAGAAAGUAUUUUGGAAGUGCAUGAAGUUGCGGUAUACUUUAACAUUCAACCACUUGUAGAAUCAUUAGAAAGGUACCACAUAUUACAGUAUCGAAAAAGAAUAGCAGAACUCAAGACUCAAAUUGAUCUUCCUCGAUAUGAAAAAUUAAAACAAGAGGCAAUUGAGAAGAUUUACUCAUCUAGUGCAAGACCACAUGAAGGCAAAACCUUGCAUAUUGUUACUGAUUCAAACAUUUGCAGACAUGGAUAUGACACGUCAAAUUUUAAAAAUAACUGUAACGUUCCUGUCCGUGAUAAUAUAAACAUAUAUUUGACCGCCAACUACAACAUCACAAAAGAAUUUAAAAUAUGUUUAGCACAUGAAUUAUCCGACCUCGGAUUUGGAAUAUACAGUUACGUAUAUAACACAGCAAAACCAUUUAAAGGCAAUUGCUUAUGUGGUAUUCAAUGCCAUCAUAUUGCACUUCUCGCACACAAAAUUGUGUCAGUACAUGAUGAAAAGUACUGUGUUGCGUAAAACAUUUUAAUGAAAAUGAUUCGAAUCAAUAUAUGUUCACGUUUUCUGAAGAAAACAACUUGUACCUGUUUCCUGAAUAAUACUGUUGUCCAGCGUUUACGGAAAUGAGACGAGAACUUAUUUUCAGUCGGAUUGUGAAAUGGCAGUGAAUGUGCAUUAUCAUUUACAGUUAUUACUCUAGACAAACAAUUCAAAGCGCAGCUUUAGAACUAAUUUUGCACUGUUGCCUUUCAUUGGCCAUUCAUAUGUCAUGUGCUUCUUUUUAUUUAAAUACCAUAGAUUUUUAUAGUGAUUCAGAAUAUAUAUUUG